CAACACUAAACAGGAGCGCUCAGUCGCCUUCAUCGCACACACAAACCCAUGGCAAAUCCAUCAACACAGGCUCCUCGCAACGCAACAACGACCAAUGUCAUCUUUGCCCACGACUUUGUUCAGUCCUCCUACAAGUUGCUGGAAAUACCAAAGUCUCUUGAGAAUUACAUCAACAGCAAUGGUCAAGACGGCCCUUUGAGUUUUCAAGUGCGUGGUCAGGAUAAGGAUACGGCAGUGCUCUGUACUCCUACACAGACAUUCAGCCUCCAGCGUGCUCAUACGUCCAACAUGCUUAUGCCUAUCGCGCCAGUUAUCAAACGGCGCAGGAACGAGUACGACAUGGACGCCGAUAUGGAAAUGGACAUGAAUGCAGACAUGAAUCCUUAUCAGAUCCACGACAAUGAAUCGGACGAAUCCCCAUACCAGAAGCAGGUUGUUCUUGACAUCCUGGACAGCAUCCUCGAUCUGAUCCCGAUCUCACCACGGCUGGACCGACUUACUGAUCUGCUUGGGCAAUAUCAGUUUGAGGGAUGGGCACAGGAAGCUAAGGUGAAGGGACAGUUGAAUACUUGGGCUCAUCUUCAAUCCAUCGUUCAGGCAAGUGAUCAGGAGAUCCUUCAAUGGCUCAAGGAGCGACAUGCUUGUUUGAUUGAAGGUCACUGGAGGCUCUUCAAGCGGCAGUUCAUGUAUGACAUCCUUCAGGAGAUAUUGAUGACGAUGAAUGUACUCGAAAUGUCUGCAAAUGCGAUUGACGGAAGCAUGCUUUGCACGAUGAUCGAAGAGGAGGCGCCUGAGCGGGAAUCUGGAAUCGAAACCUGGAUGGUAGAACACUGCCUGCAGAGCUUUUCAGAUGAUAAGGAAACCACAGAACCGGGAUAUUAUCACCUAUCGGCCGAAAAACUGUGCACCUUUAUGGGUGUCCAUCUCCUGUCCACAAUUGAAAGGGGGAACCGGUGGAAACUCGAGGAUUUUGUAUACACAUGGGAGAAAUCCCUGCAUGGACACUUUCAGACAGACCUUGCUUACCUCGCUGGCGAGUGCAUUGUUGAGACAGAUCGUGCUCCGGACCGGAAGCAAACGUACAGAUACAUCCGACAUCUGUCCAGAUCGCAUCUACCCGUCGAUCCAGCUGCACGGUUCACGGCGCUCUUUGAGAUCAAAAAUAAAUGGGAGGCUCAGGAAAUUCGCCCGUUCCUGCGUGAUCUUGUCCUAGAUGAGAAGAAACUGGAUAUUCUCUUGUUGAAACAUGCCAGGAGCGUGAAGCAGGCUGGAGGAGGAGUCAUUUACAGCAGCCGUGUCAUCAAGUAAUAAAGCGAGUGAUCGAUAUCGAUAUCGACAUCAAAUCCUCGGAUGCACUUGUACUUUUAUA